UUACGACAUUGGACGAGAAAGCCAUGGCAAUGCUCGAUGGUCUAUCUAAAAAUACUUUCUUCACAGUUAAUUUACGAAAUAAUGCAUUGCAAUGUACCUGCAACACACUGACAUUUCUAAAGUGGAUUUCCAAAACAAAAGUUGAUUUGUUGCUAAAUGAUAAGUGUACUUUAGAAGAUGGGGCCAUCGUAAGUCUCAACCCAAUAGAUUCAAUAAUACAGCAACUACAGAAAGAGUGUAUUUCAUAUACGAACUUAACAAUUGCUUUGUCUAUAGGGUUGGUAAUUAUCCUAGCCGUUCUUAUUUUGGCUUUAGUGUAUAAAUACAGAUGGAAACUUCGAUACAUGUUUUACCUUGCCAAAAGUAAACACUAUAGUUACAAGGCUUCCACAGACGACGAUGAAUACACUUACGAUGCUUUUAUCUCGUACUGUGAUGAUGAUAGAUCAUUUGUGUUAAAAGAUUUCAUUGCAAAUUUAGAAAAUGAAGGGAAUGCUAAAUUAUGCGUGCACCAACGUGACUUCCUACCUGGCCAAGAGAUAACAGUCAAUAUUACAAACGCUAUCCAUGACAGUAGAAAGACAGUCUGCAUUAUAACAAGAAAGUUUUUGGAGUCACACUAUUGCAUGUUUGAAUUCAAUAUGGCCCGGAUGGAAAACAUUUAUUCUCGAGAUGGAAGAAAUAUAAUUUUCCUAGUAUUUCUUGAGCAAAUCCAACCGAGGGAAAUGCCACUUAUGAUGCUCGAACUUAUAGAAAAACAAUCUUACAUCGAAUAUCCCAAUGACGAAGAAGGAAAUAUUGUGUUCUGGGGGAAAAUUAAAGAAGCUAUUCAUUCAUGACAUUUGUAGCAGUACUGAAUUUGUUGUCCAAACGAUUUUUUAUAUUCGUCUUCAUUAUGUUUAAACUUCAAUAUGAAGAAAUAACAAACAAAAAAUACAUCGUUUAAAAGAAGAAAGUAAUGUUGAUCCGAACGUUAAAUUGUAUGUUGUAACUAAGGCUAUUUCUGGUCUUUUCCUGUCCAUUUGUAGGACCCAUGUCAAAAGGGUUGUGUAAAUUGUAUAGAUUACGCAAAACAUUAUGAUUUUCAAUACCAAUUCUUCGAUCUAUCCACAUUAUAAAUCUCCAAAAGAGGAAGCCCCGGUGGUUUGUGGUUUUUUUUUGGUUGUUCAAAAGGGGAAGCCUAUGCAUGUUUAGCGAAUAUCAAUUUUAAGUCUGGUUUCACCCGACUGGUUAUCAAACCCAUAACCGUCCGCACUCGAGGCGAGCACAAUCGAAGCGAUUCUAAUUUUUGCUGAAAUGUCAACAAAAUAUUAUUAGAGAAAAAAACCUUUGGAAAACGUUAUGAAUAAAACUUAUACAUGCAAUAAUUGAAUUUCAAAAUUAUGUGAUUACAAUUUUUGUAAAUUUCAAAGUUACUUGUACAAAUAUAAUCCAAAAGAAAAAAAGUACUUGUGAGCUGUAAUGAAUGCUGUAAGUAAGACUUUUUUUUUCUUUUUUUUCUUUUUUUUUGCCGUUGUCAAAAUUACAAAUUUCUGUGAUUUUAUUAUUUCUUUUCUUCUUUUUCAACAAUAUGGAUCAUUCUAUAUUGAUAUAUGUAUUAUUUGGAUAUAUUAUAAUCUAGAAAUGUAUAUAUUUCAGAAAUAAGUUAACUAAUAAGUACUGACCAAAUAAUUAUAUACUAACGAGGCCGGGAUAAGGUAUCGGUAUUUCUUGUAUCCAACUAACAAAUGUCAAAAUUUCAAAGACAAUUAUGGUCCGCAUAGCCAUGGUAUAAAAACAAACAACUAUGUCAACAAAGAAAAACUAAAUGGCAUGUAGACACUCUAUAGACAUAGCACAUAAGCAACAAUGAAAGACGAGAAUACAAAAAAAUGACCAAAGCACAAUAACACUAUGGCGGGAUGUAUACAUAACGAACCACGCCAAAAGGAUAUUAUCAAAAAGUGAAUCAACAGUAAAGGUUACAAAUAUACAAAGACAAACAAAAAACACACUUUCACACGUAAUUAAGAUUAUAAACAACGUCAGUACCUAGAAUCUAUACUUCAAGAUCUUCAUAUAUAAUUUGUGAAGUUGAUACGAAAUAUUUAUCAACAAGGUCUUGGUAUCUUCCGAUGAACUUUUUUAGAAAAUACUUUUUUUAGAAUUUGUUUUUUUACAUAACCCUGGUUCAUCAACUUUCUGCUCAGACACUGGUGACGUUUUAUAAAGUCUGAGUAGCAGCUGCAAGUUCUUGAAUACCGAAUGAGUUGGGGAAAUGUAUAUCCCAUAUGCAGGUGAAGUUGGUAUAUUGCUGCUAAGUUGGGGGAAAUUUAUAAUUUCAAAAUUAAAAUCGUCUCGUUUGUCAUAGAUGCUGGUACAGAGAUGACCGCUUAUGUCCAAUUCGAGGUAUAAGUCUAAAAAUGAGGCGGAGGAAGCCGUUUCUGUUGUUUCUUUAAUUUCUAGUUCUGGAGAAUAUAUUAAUGGAACCCAAUCAGGAAAGUUUGGAUUGUUAAUAAAAAGAACAUCAUCAAUAUCUGAAUGUGAAAUUAAAUGAUCUAGAUUUUUUAUCUUCUUGUUUUUGACAAGUGUCUGAAGGAACUCCAACUCACAUGAAAAUAAGAAGAGGUCGGCAAGGAGAGGAACACAUUUCGUUCCCAUAGGAAUGGCGACAAAUUGUUGGAAAAGUCUACUUCCAAAUUCAGCAAAUAUGUUUUCAAUAAGAAACUCAAGCAUACUGAUCACCUGUUCCUCGGUGUAACAUGUUUUAUCUUUUUGUUCACUAUUAGCAAAAUAUGUCGCAUGGUAUCCGAAAGCAAUAAAGUUAUAGCGUAUGCUGCCAUUUUUAUAUGGGAAAGCAUUAUGUAUUUUUUCUUUUAGACGAUUUUUCAAUUUGACAUGGGGAAUGGUGUUCUAAAGGGUUGACAAAUCAAAGGUUUUGGUAGAGUUUGUAUCAGAGAAAGAUCGAGAUUUAAAAUUAUCCAGAAGUUCUUUUAGAAUCCACAUAUGGUUAAUACCACUACGCGAGUAAAAAGUUUCGCAGUAUUUCUGAAGACCUUCUUUCACUGCGGACAGAAUUUUUGUCAAUCAAAUGGACAAUUCCUUUGUAGAACAUGCAGAUGAGCCCACAAUGUACCGUUGUGUGUACGGAAUUUUGUGAAACUUAGGUAUCCAAUACAAACAAGGUAAGUCCUCAGAUUUGCUGUUCAAUUUGAUUUUCAUUGAUGCCUGAAAGACUUAUGAUCUAACAAAAUCUCAUCCUUGUCAAAUGACAUGUUCUUGUAUGUGCAAUUACCUGAGUGCUCAUAUAUUCCUAAUUCUUUUACAAGACACUCUUAGUAAUAAAAUUCGUUUUACGAAUUUGUGUUACAUUGACUAUUGUAAAGGGAGGAUUGAUAAAUAUGUAAGCACAAAGAAAUCUAGAGUACAGAAAGGUUCUAUUGAAAAUCACAAUAUGGAAGAAGUAUUAAAGUAUGAUCAAUUCUAACUAAGCAUUUAAAUUAGAUGUUCUUAAAGUAUCCAAGGUUUAUAUUUGUGUGCUUCAAUGCCAGUUUAACACUCGUUUUGGAAACUUUUAUGAUUUUUUUUUUUACCUUUGACAUCCAUCAACCUGAACGUCUUUUCCAGUACUAUCUUUGCAUCUAAAAUCUGACCAUGGAGAUUUGCUACUGUGUGUAUAAUUUUCCCAGCUCAACAUAACUGUACUAGUAUGUAUUUUUGAUUCGUUAUGUCUUUAAAAAUGUUAACUGCAUUGCCAUUGUCUUUUAUUUUACAUUCAAAAUAAAACUAUCUGAAUCUUUC